AUGUCUUCGAACGACCACACCCCAGCGGCACUCUCGCCUCCUGAGUCCGCCACCGUCCGCGGCUCGAUCACCUCGAUCGAGAAGGAAGCUAUCAUGUCAACCUCGCCCACGGUCGCUGACCUGCCGGCACUCGAUGGUGACAAGAAGAGCAUCUCCGAGUCUCAAACUACCCACACGCCCGGCGAAGAGCAGAACGGCAAUCUGGAAAAGGACCUCGAAGGCGCCCAGCCCCCGAAGAGCAACGUGCUCUCGGAGAUGGGCCCCGCACGCAAGAAUGUCCUCCUCUUCGGAUUCUGUCUUGCCAUGUUCAUUGAUGCGGCGGGUGUUAGUGCCACUUUCUUGAUGACGGAGCCGAUUGCGGUCGACCUCGGUGUCAGGUAUGCGGACUACGCCUGGGUUCUUGGAACGUACUCCCUCGCCUUUGCUGCCACUCUCCUCUUCGCUGGUCGGCUCGCGGACCUCUACCCGCCAAACCAGAUCUACUCCGUCGGCUUCCUCGGUAUGGGCAUCUUCUACCUGGUCAUCUCGUUCAUGAACAACCAGUACGCGUUCUUCGUUCUGCGUGCCAUCUCGGCGCUGCUCGCGGUCCUUACUAUCCCGAGCGCCAUCAACAUGAUCAUCCAGAUGUACCCCGACCCUCUGGAGCAGGCUAAGAAGAUUGCGCUAUUCUCUCUCUCGGCCGCCCUUGCCAACACGAUUGCCCUCCUUCUCGCCGGCGUGUUCCUCCUUGCCAGCUGGCGGUGGUACUUCCGCUUCAUCGCCAUCCUCGUCAUCCCCUUCUCCGUCUUCGCCUGGUUCCUCAUGCCCCACGCUCCCGCCGUGGCUGAAGACCUUGCCAUCACCGAGAAGUGGAAGCGCAUGGACCUCAUCGGUGUCUUCCAGCUGCUCAUGAUCCUCGUCCUCUUCAUCUUGGCCAUGACACAGGCCGUCGUCGAUGGAUGGGGUAGCGCGAUUUUCAUCGCUCCCUUCGUCAUCUCGCUCGUCAUGCUCCCCAUCUUCCUGUUCUGGGAGCAGCGCCUUCCCCGCGGCUACUCGCUUCUGCCGCACGACCUCUGGCACUUCCCCAACAUCUUCCCGCUCAUGCUGCUUGCCACCUGCUGCUUCCUCUGGUUCGCCACAUUCCAGCUCCGCGUCGCCACCUGGUUCCAGGAGGCGCUUCAUGACAGCGCGAUCCUGUCCGCUGUCAAGCUUCUCCCAAUGGGCAUCACUGCGCUCAUUGUCGGCGGCGUCACGCAGGCUAUCCCAGCCCUCUUCCUCCGCCCGCGCUACAUCAUCCCCGUCUCUGCUGCGCUGGCAUUCACCGGCUCCAUGCUUCUUGCUUUCUCCAACGGCGGUCACGGCAAGGACUACUGGCGCUUCAUCUUCCCCGGCGAGAUCAUCGGCACCGCCGGCGGCAUGAUCAUCUUCAUCUCGGCCAACACACUCAUCAUUCAAGCCUUCCCGCUCGAGUUUGCUGGAGUCGGCGGCUCUUUCGCCAACGUCGUGUUCCAGAUCGGAGGCGUCGUCGGUAUCGCUAUCCAGACUGGUCUGCUCGACACGGGCGACGGACCCCUCGACUGGACCGGAAGCAAGAACGGCUUCCUCUUCACUUCGGCCUACACCCUGUUCUGCGGCAUCGUCUUCGGACUCUGGUAUCGCCAGGAGAAGAUGCCGGUUCGUGAAGGUCCGGUCGUCGCCGCUUGA